UGCCCGGGCUUCUUACCAGCCAAUCAGAGAUGGGGUUAUGCACAUGCGCGUUCCCGACCUCCGUGCCCGGGUCUUCGGCUCACCCUGCGGUCUCCCGCCUGUCACCCCGAGCAACGGCACCAUGGACGAGCUGUACCUGGAGAACAUCGAUGAGCUGAUCGCAGACCACAACAAGAUCGUGACCUACAAAUGGCUGAGCCACACGCUGGGCGUUCACGUCAACCAAGCAAAGCAGAUGCUCUAUGAUUACGUCACCCGGAAGCGGAAGGAGAACGUCAGCGCCCAGGUGCAUGUGACCUAUCUGGUGACGGGGAAAUGUAUGCAGGAUGGCUACUCUUACCACAAGGUGGCAGUAGUGAGAGAAGAAAAGCUGGAAGCUGCCAAAUCCAAGCUCGCCUUAUUGGCUAAUGUCCACGUCUACAGCAUCCAGAAAGCCACGUUAAAGGACAGCGCUCCCCUCUUCAGUACAGACUAUGACAUCAUCAAGAACAACCUCCAGAACUGCAGCAAGUUCAGCGCCAUUCAGUGCGCAGCUGCUGUACCCAGAUCCCCAGAUGAGCUUGCACAGCUACAGAGGAAUAAUUACCAAGACGCACAGGAAGUGACCGUUCCCACCAAACCAAAGGUCAACGGGCAUGCUUUACCGCCAGCGGCCAAAGCGGCUCCCCAGCAGCCCAAGGGCAUCAUGGGAAUGUUUUCACGUCAAGCCGCUAAGCCCCAGGAAGUGCAGAAACCUGCGGCGGAGCCCAAAGCAGCUGCGGCCCCAGAAACGAGCAGUAAGUCGUCUGCCAAAUCCAGUGCUAUGGACAACUUCUUCGGGAAAGCUUCUCUGAACAAAUUUAAAGACGCCGCUUCCACAAAUGUUCCCGUUAAGGCUGAGAAACCCGCAGAGCCGCCGGCUGAAACACCACCACCACCACCACCUUCACCUCCUCCGGUGAAAGGAGUCAAAGGAAGUGAACCCCCCAAAGCCGCUGCCAAAGAGAAGAAAAGCAGGAACAAGCGGGUGGAAAUGUCUGAUGACGAGCAGGAUAAACCGGCAAAGACGACGACGAAGAGGAGGAGAAUCAAGAAGCCCCGACCUGACAGCAGCGACGAGGAGGACGCGGUUCCCCUUCCGCGGGAAGUGAAGACCCCGCCCCCCCCUCCUGCCCCAGAGCCUGUUGUGAAGAUGGAAACGGAAUCCCAACCACAGACGCAGUCCGGGGAAAAGAGGCGGAAGAGGAAACGUGUGCUGAAAUCCAAGACGUUUGUGGAUGACGAAGGCUGUAUCGUGACGGAGAAGGUGUAUGAGAGCGAGUCCUGCACAGAUAGCGGAGAGGAGGUUCCAGCUUCCAGACCGGCAGCGGCGAAACCAUCCGCAGCCUCCAAAGCCGAGCCGAAAGCGGAGACUAAAGCCUCCAAGAAGAUGGCUGCUGCUAGCAAAGGAACCAAGCAGCCGUCCAUUAUGGGCUUCUUCCAGAAGAAGUGAGCGCUGCGCGGGAAGGCGUCCACUGUCAGCAGGACAGUAAGAUGGUGUCCGUCGUGUUUCCAUAACGUUGGCUAAAUCAGAGAACGGGGAGAGGAAGAGGACGAUGACAGCAUGGUGGGGGUCUAGUGACCAUACUCAACGUGGGGACACAAAGGCCCUUCACAGCUUGGCACGUAGGCCGGAGAUUUAUUCCCCGACAACUUCUGCAGCGACUCUCCGCUCCUCGCAGGACCGUUAUUCAGAGAACUUUAUACAUACAUAUAUAUUUUCUGUAACCCAUGUGUAAGUACAAACACGGACAUUCCCUGGUUUUACAAAGUUUGUGUUAUGUACGAAGUUUUCCAGAGAUCAGACCACUUACUCCUGGGGAAGAUUCCUAUACAAUAUAUUGUCUGUACUCUGAUCGCUGGACCUAAAUUGUGGCUUGUGCCCCAUGUUUUACAGUCACAUUGUGGGUCAGAGGUACGGAUGUUAGUUUCAUGUUCUAUAUAGGGCACUGUACACACAGGUCUGUCUAUUAAAGUACUUUAUUUCCGA